GAAAAACACUUAACCCCUGUACUUGUCACACUCUGGGUCCUCUUAGUGGCCAGAGAACAGAAAGAAAAUCUGACUGUGCAUGGGCAAAGGGUAACACCGGGAGUGCAGCACCGGCCUGAAGGCGCCUCUUCAGGGGGAGCCCGAAAUUUGAAGAUUAUCUUUCCUGGUGGAGACUCCAAACCAAAUAAAUAGAAAAAAAUAUCCAAGAUGACUGUCACUUACUCCAGUAAAGUAGCAAAUGCAACUUUUUUUGGAUUUCAUAGGUUACUCUUCAAGUGGAGAGGCAGCAUCUACAAACUACUGUACAGGGAAUUUAUUGUUUUUGCUGUGCUUUAUACAGCAAUAAGUUUGGUGUACAGAUUGUUACUUACAGGAGCCCAAAAACGUUACUUUGAAAAAUUAUCAAUUUACUGUGACAGAUAUGCUGAACAAAUUCCAGUAACCUUUGUGCUUGGGUUUUAUGUUACUCUGGUAGUGAACCGAUGGUGGAACCAGUUUGUGAAUCUGCCCUGGCCAGACAGGCUGAUGUUCCUCAUCUCCAGCAGUGUUCACGGAAGCGACGAGCACGGGCGCCUGCUAAGAAGGACACUGAUGCGCUAUGUCAAUCUCACCUCCCUGCUCAUCUUCCGCUCGGUGAGCACUGCUGUGUACAAAAGGUUUCCCACAAUGGACCACGUGGUUGAAGCAGGUUUUAUGACAGCAGAUGAAAGGAAAUUAUUCAACCACCUCAAAUCUCCUCAUCUGAAAUAUUGGGUUCCAUUCAUCUGGUUUGGAAAUCUUGCAACUAAAGCCCGGAAUGAAGGUAGAAUCAGAGACAGUGUUGAUCUGCAAUCAUUGAUGACUGAAAUGAAUCGAUUCCGCUCUUGGUGCAGCCUCUUAUUCGGUUAUGACUGGGUUGGGAUUCCGCUGGUUUACACCCAGGUUGUCACUCUUGCUGUCUAUACCUUCUUCUUUACGUGCCUGAUUGGACGCCAGUUUUUGGAUCCCACCAAAGGCUACGCAGGGCAUGACUUGGAUCUUUACAUUCCAAUCUUCACCCUCCUACAAUUCUUCUUCUAUGCAGGAUGGCUCAAGGUAGCUGAGCAGCUUAUCAACCCUUUUGGAGAAGAUGAUGAUGAUUUUGAAACUAAUUGGUGCAUUGACAGAAAUUUGCAGGUCUCUCUUUUAGCUGUGGAUGAAAUGCACAUGAGCUUACCCAAGAUGAAGAAGGACAUUUACUGGGAUGAUUCUGCGGCUCGCCCACCGUACACAUUGGCAGCUGCUGACUACUGCAUUCCCUCAUUUCUGGGGUCAACAGUCCAGAUGGGGCUGUCUGGGUCCAAUUUUCCUGAUGAGGAGUGGCUGUGGGAUUAUGAGAAGCAUGGCCAUCGGUAUUCCAUGAUAAGAAGAGUCAAGCGGUUCCUGAGUGCCCACGAACACCCCUCCAGCCCCAGAAGAAGAAGCUAUGGGAGGCAGACGAGUGACAGCUCCAUGUUCUUACCCCGAGAUGACCUCAGCCCAGCCAGGGAUCUACUGGAUGUGCCCUCAAGAAAUCCCCACAGGGCCUCACCCACCUGGAAGAAAUCUUCCUUCCCAGAAGGAAGCCCCACGCUGCACUCCAGCAUCGGAGAGCUGUCCACCAUCAGGGAGACCAGCCAGACAAGCACUUUACAGAGCCUGACCCCACAGUCCAGUGUGAGAACCUCUCCCAUCAAAAUGCCACCGGUGCCUGAGGUAUUGGUCACAGCAGCUGAAGCACUAGGGUCCACAUCAGACGGCUACCACCAUGACUCCGCUACCUCCAUCUUGAGCUCUGAGUUUACAGGGGUUGAACCAAGCAAGACUGAGCAGCAGCAGGGCCCAGUGAAAUCCAUCCUGUCCUCUUUAGAGAAGGGGACACCUCCUAGAGGCCCCAGUCCCCAGACUGUUUCAGCCAGCACUGAGGGAAACAUAUUCAAGUGUGAAGAAAACUCUGGUGAUACCUUUCUAAAAAGGUGGAGCCUUCCGGAAUUCCUGGAGUCCAGCCACACCUCCCUGGGAAAUCUAAGUCCAGACCCCAUGAGCUCUCAGCCAGCUCUCAUAGUUGACCCAGAAACAUCCUCAGAGAUCAGUGGGAUCAACAUUGUGGCGGGCUCUCGAGUCUCUCCUGAUAUGCUGUAUUUAAUGGAAAACCUGGACACCAAAGAAACAGAUAUCAUAGAGCUAAAUAACAAGGAAACUGAGGAACCACCCAAAUGAGUGCCACAAAAUUCUAGGACCUGGUUCUAGCCUAGAUUCUUAUCUCCACAAAAGCAGCAUUAAUCCCAGGACAUCCCUGAAGGCUGGUCAACGUUUUAAAAACAUGAUCAUACUGUAUAAGCUACUGAGAACUUUGAAGGGCAUUAUGAUCCUGACUUUUCAAGAACUGCGAAAAAUCAAACACAUUCGCGUCAUCCAUCACAACAUGGCUUUCAUCAGAAGUUACACAAACCACAAUGACUUAAUCAAAUAAGUCUUAACCAAAUAAGGAAUCUGGAAAAUAUACAUGACUUAUAAAUUCAUAGAUUAUUAGCUGUGAAAGAGUCUCAUAGACCAUAGUCCAAUCCCCUAGACCUAAAGGUCCAGACACACAGGAUUCUUUCUCUUCUUUUUUCUCUUUCUUUUUUAGCCAUAAAGAAAGGAGAUGGAUGGAUGAAAGAAAGAAAGAAAGAAAGAAAAGAAAAGAAAAAAGACAGAAAGGAGAUGCAUCACACAAAUCACAUAAUGGCUGAAACACCCCGUCCUUCCUAACUUUUUUGUUUGAGGCUUUCUAACCUUCUCAUUCCUACUUUCUAUAAUUAUUAUUAUUAUUAUCAUUAUCAUUUCCUAAUUUUUAAGCUUUAUCAGCACCAGAACAUUUCAUUCUCUGUAAUUUCCUUUUCUACUUUUCUUUCUUUCCCCUUUAUUCUGUCAUCCUUUUUUUCUUUUCCCUUCUAUCUGGUUGUGCUUCUUUUCUAGUGACUCUAAUCUGUCCCAUUUUUCAGGUUAGAAUAUUUCUUCUUGCCAAAUCUGUUCUUACAUCUUGCCAUGAAUUUCAAAAUAUAAGACAUUGGCAAAGCCUCCUACAGAAUCAUCAAUGUGUCAACAAAUCCAACCUGAUACCCUUCCAGCCUCACUUCCCAUGGAAGGCAUAUAGGAGUGAUAGUUCCCCCCAUGCCCUUCCAGCCACUGCCAUUUCUUUCUGAUUCCAGUCUUUGGUCUUGGGCACUGGAGAUAAAGGAAGCCAAGAGAAUAUGAAACUUACAUAGCCAAAUGCUAUGGAACCAAUGAAGAAGAUGGCUUGCACCUGUUUAACUCGAACUCCUAUGCAAAAAUCCCAAUCGUGUUGCAACAUGGGACCAGUUAAUGUGUCUAUUGGGUCAUUUGGGAAUGAGAGAGGAUACUGGAGCUGGGUGGCUGAUGGGGUACAGGGCUGCAUAAUGGGGAUCAGAUGUUGGCUAACUCCUCCCAGCUCUCGGGACAGCUGUUUGUCGUGGGCUCCCAAGUGCCUGGAGGGCCAUACCUUAAGACUGCUGCCCUUAACCAUUUGUCAUAUGAUGACACUUGACUACUUAUGGCUUUAGAAAUAAAAUAACCCUCAUAACCACCA